ACAGUGUGCUGAUAACCUUGAUUCUGCCUCUGUCAAAUCAUCAAAAUGGAACAGAGUAUCUUUUCUGGAUUAGGGAACCAAAACCUCAGAAAAGGAAAUAGCUCUUUUCUCAAUCCUCUUCCACCAGCAGAAGUUGUUUGUGUGAGCACUUUGAGGAUGGCAUCAUGUGAUUUUGGAAAGAUUUCAAAGCUGAAACCACACUGCGGACUGUUUUAGUGUCGUUUAGCAGGUGAACUAAAUCCUCUGACUGACUCUGAGCCAAGAAUAAAAAUGGCUUUUUUAGGCAGAGGACACCUCCCUCUGUGUUGUGCUCUUUUAUUUUGUCUACUCCUAGAUUGUGUAUCUGCUGAAAGCAUCACAGCCAAAGUGGGAUCAGACAUCACUUUGCCAUGCAAGUAUGAUGCUCAGCAUUAUGGCAGGCUUUCUGUAUGCUGGGGUCGAGGAGCCAUCCCCAACAGUGGCUGUAACAAUGAGGUGAUCAAGUCAGACGGGACAUCAGUGACCAGCCGACUGUCAGAGCGUUACCUGUUGAUGGGUAAUCUUGGUGGGGGUGAUGUGUCACUGACCAUCAGGCAGGUUGAAAAGACCGACUCUGGGAUGUAUGGUUGCCGUGUUGAAAUACCGGGCUGGUUCAAUGAUCACAAACACCAGGUGACUCUGACGGUAGAGGCAGCACCUCCUGAUCCUUUGAACCUGGAGAUAAAAGAGGUGAAGGAAAAAAGCAUCACUUUUGGCUGGACUUCCGGGUUUGAUGGUGGCGAGCCUAUCAUAUCCUACAAUCUCGAUCUCCAAGAGAAUAAGGGAACUUGGCAAAGUACCACAAUCGAACAUGGCGAGCUGCCUCAGCUGACCUUGUUGGAUUUGAGUCCGGCCACGACCUACAAACUUCGCAUGUUUGCUAUGAACAGUGUGGGCAAGAGUGAAGUCAGCAAUCUUCUGAUAGUCAAAACAAGAGAAGCAGCACCAGAUGGUCCUCCCCUGGAUCUGCAGUUGGAGAGCCUCACGUCUCACAGCAUCAGAGUAACUUGGAAGCCUCCAAACCCUAAACUCAGAAACGGGAUUCUUCUGAGUUACAGCAUUAGCUACAGAGAGUACGACCAUGCAAGCAAACAAUACAAAAGGUGGCAGCAUGUAAGUGUUCCUGCCUCAAGGGAAAUAGAGAGGGUCGUCCUGGACAAUCUGAAGCCUUCUACUUCAUAUGGUGUGAUCGUACAGGCCAAAACAAGUGCAGGAAUAGGACCUCCCGCAACUGUCCCUCUCUGCACCACCCUGGAUAUAGUUCACACAACUUCAACAGUGUCUACUGCUAAAUCUGCUUCCACUCCUGCCACAAUCUGGAUACAGGACACUACAAGCAUCCCUUUAGUUCACACAACUUCUAAAACUGCUUCCACUCCUGCCACAAUCUGGAUACAGGACACUACAAGCAUCCCUUUAGUUCACCCAACAACAACAGACGAGCCUAUUCCCGCUGCCACAGUCUGGGAGGACCUCACUACAAGUACUACAUUAGUGGCACCAGAUCCCCCAGUGGUUGAGUUAAAGGAGGUCCAAAGUCAUCUAAUUUCUAUUUCAUGGACUCCUGGGUUUGACGGUGGUAGCCCCAUUACUGGAUAUUACCUGGAGUACAAAGAAAUUAAUAACUUCUGGGAUCACACAGAUAACAUACGAAUAGACUUUAAACCUGAUGAGACAGAUGCCACAUUAUUAGAGAUUAAUGACUCAACGUACAACAUCCGCAUGUUCGCCAAGAACAGUCAUGGCACCAGUAAAGCUAGCAACGUCCUCACUGUCACCAUUGAAGAAACAGUUCAUAAGAUAGAUGAUCUCUCUACCACCACAUCUACUGACAAUCAUGCUGCUGCCAGCGUCGAGGAGGAGAGUAAAAAUGUCCACCUAGCUACCAUCGUGGUGCCAGUGGUGCUGGUGGUGUUGAUUGUUGCCAUAGUAUCCGCAUGGCAACUUCGACGAAUGAAGAAGAAAACAGACAGCAUGAACAUCUGGCUGACUGGUGGAGCAUUACAUUUCAGGAGCUCUGAGCCACUACAAGAGCUGUAAACAUCUCAGUUACUCUACACUUUAGCCUACCAAGUCACAAAGAAGCAUUAGUUUUAAUUCAAACAAACAAAGGAAAAAAAUCAUCUCUACUUUGUAAAUACUGAAUCACUUCUAAUCACAACAGCUGUGUGGUUUGAGUCUUUUCCAAUAUGUUGUUUUCACUUUAAUGACAUCAUCAUGUCAUUAAAUAACUUGUUUCAUCUUUAUAUGACUUUUAUGUGAAUAUCUGUAAUGCAAUGGUACCAAAUCUUUGCUAUUUUCCUUUAUUAUAAUAAACUUCCACAAUGUUUGUUCAUCA